AUGCCCGCGAAGUCCAAGUACAACCUGGUGGACGACCGGCACGACCUCCGCAUCCCCUUGCACAACGAGGACGCCUUCCAGCACGGCAUCUGCUUCGAGGCCAAGUACAUCGGGAGCCUGGAUGUGCCCCGGCCCAACAGCAGGGUGGAGAUUGUGACGGCCAUGCGGCGGAUAAGGUAUGAGUUCAAAGCCAAGAAUAUCAAGAAGAAGAAAGUGAAUCUCAUUGUGUCGGUGGAUGGUGUGAAAGUCAUUCUGAAGAAGAAGAAGAAGCUUUUUUCAUUGCAGAAAAAAGAAUGGGCCUGGGAUGAGAACAAAAUGCUUGUCAUGCAUGACCCCAUCUACAGGAUAUUCUACGUGUCUCACGACUCCCAGGACCUAAAGAUCUUCAGCUACAUUGCCAGGGAUGGCUCUAGCAACGUCUUCAGGUGCAACGUCUUCAAAUCCAAGAAGAAGAGCCAGGCCAUGCGCAUUGUCCGGACUGUGGGGCAGGCCUUCGAGGUGUGCCACAAGCUGAGCCUGCAGCACACGCAGCAGAACGCAGAUGGGCAGGAGGAUGGAGACAGUGAGAGGAACGGGGACGACCUGGAUGUGCCAGCCUGCCGCCUCCCGGGCGGGGAGCGGGCGGCAGCCUCGGCAGAGGAGACAGACAUCGACGCCGUGGAGCUGCCGCUGCCCGGAGCUGACAUCCUCGACUUCAGCCGGGGGGUGACCGACCUGGACGCCGUGGGCAAGGAGGCAAGUGCCUGUGCUGAUGGCUGCCUCCACCCUGAAGAUAUCCUGACAGCCUCACCCAAGAUGCUUCUGCCCUCCUCUGCCCAGCUGCCCGACCUGGGGACACCUCUCUCUGCCCACCACCAAAUGCAGCUUCUCCAGCAGCUCCUGCAGCAGCAGCAGCAGCAGACACAAGUGGCUGUGGCACAGGUCCACUUGCUGAAGGACCAGCUGGCUGCAGAGGCAGCAGCACGGCUGGAGGCCCAGGCUCGUGUGCACCAGCUCCUGCUCCAGAACAAGGACUUGCUGCAGCACAUCUCACUCCUAGUCAAACAGGUGCAGGAGCUGGAGCUGAAGCUGGCAGGGAACACCACCACAGGCUCCCAGGACAGUCUGCUGGAGAUCACCUUCCGCUCCAACGCGCUCCCUGUCCUCUGCGACCCGACCACCCCGCAGCCGGAGGACGCCCACCCGCCAGCGCUGGGCCCCGGCUCGGGCUUCCCCGGCGGCCUGGGCAGCCCCAUAGGUAGGAACGACUGCAACCUGGUGAAGCUGGAGCGCUACCGCUUCCUGCCGGAGUCGGGGCCGCCCGGGGCGGAGCCGGCGCUGGGCAGCCUGGAGCUCCUCAAGUUCCGCGAGUCGGGGAUCGCCUCCGAGUACGAGUCCAACACGGACGAGAGCGAGGAGCGCGACUCCUGGUCCCAGGAGGAACCCCCGCGCCUGCUCCAUGUCCAGCCCAGGCAGGACCUUGGCGACAGCCUGGAGGACGAGAUUGCGGUGUAG